AUGGCCUUUACACACCCUCAUCACAGGAUCACCAAGAAAGCACGUCAGAAGAAACAUCGCGCUCCGGGAGCUCCAAACUCUCCAGCAAAACUUUGCACGGAUUUCCAGGCUUUCCAGCUCCCUCCCUCACCGCCCAUCCUCCCCCGGGCUGCUCCAAAGUUCUUGCGGCAUCCAGGCAAUCUUUUCAGCGAACGAAGUUUGCCUGGGUCCUGCCCACUCGCGCUCCCGCAGGACGCAAGUGAAACUUGCGAGAGACACGUCUCCCUGGGGAUCGAAACUUGCACGCGGGGUGGGGGAGGAAGGCGGUCACAGCGGUCCGCCUCCCCGGGGGUCUGCAGGCAGCGCUGGGCCCUCCCGUCCCCGGCCCGCGCGCGCGCCCGCCCGCCUGUCAAUCACACCGCAGACGACCCCCCGCCACGAGCGCGCAACACGGCGCGCGGGUUCUCCCGGAGCCGGCUCCGUCCAGGCCGCGCCGCCGCAGCGUGCCCUCUGCCCGGGGCCGGGUAUGGCGACGGCCGGCUGCCCAGGACCAAUUCCGUCCCGGCCCCCUCGCCUUUUAGACCCCGCCAGCCCCCUCCUCCAGCGGCUGAAGAGAAAGGGAAGUUACCUCCAAACGGUCCCGGCGGCGGCGGCAGCGGCCAGUCGCGGGAGGCCGAGAGGGUCCGGCGCGGCGGCGGCGGCGGCGGCGGUGGCGGCGGCUACCGCAGUGCCCUCCGCCCCAUUGUUUCCCUUCCAGGAGGCUCCGGGCAAAGCCGAGCCCGGGAACCAGGAAGUUCCCCGGCGCGACACCUCCUGCCGCCGCCGCUAUGGAAACGGCCCCCGCCUUCCCCAGGGCGGCUCGCCCGGGACCCCGCCUCCGCGCCGCCGGCCCCGCCCGCCUCACCGGCCGCCAACAGUCGCCGCUGCGGCCGCGGCCGCCGCCAUCUUGGCGCGGGCGGGCAGCCCCUGCCUUCCCGGCGGCACGUGCGCUGCUCCCGCGCUCCCGUCGGGCGCGCUCCCGUUGGGCUGCAGGAGGAGGCCGACUAUCCAAGCCCCUCUGCAGGAAGAGGGGCUCCGCGGACCCGGCAGCGCCCAGAGAUUGCUCCAGAACUACGCAUGGGCUUGGACCAAUGCGGCGUCUGA